GGUCAGUUCAGUAAAAUAUUGGCAAAGUACUUGAACGAAAUAAAUCAUUGAUGCUAACUAAGAGAUACCAAGAUACAAGUUUACAAUAUGAACAGGUUAUUACAAAAAUUCCAACAGAGUCGUAACAUUUAUUGGACAAUUUGUUGAUAACUCUUGACAAUACAAGUGCUUGAAAGAGGCAAUAAAAGCUGAUCCAAAGGGUACUACGUAUGGUAUAGCUUACAUUGAGAUCAUCAAACGGCAUCACAUUGCACUCAAUUACUAAGAUGACAGUGCACGUACAAGGUGACCCAGAAAUGCAGCUCACCUUUUGAAUAACUUCGUUAGUUUUGUUGGAAUCUUUGCUUCUUGCGUAAAACCUAGAGUGCAAAACACGUAAAAUAAUAACUGAUCUUGCACCAACGACUUUGAGGUUUGGAAAAACCAUUCGUUCCGUACUCGCAUCACAGGUUUACGAUUUGAACCUAUUCAAGGAAAUGCGUCAUUACAUAGAGAGUUAUUUCAAAUUUAGCUAAAUUCUCUUGGGGUCACCCUGUAAAUACAAACAAUGCGUGUGUGAUUGCCUAUCCUAUCUCAAACAAUGUGGGGCGUGUGGUUUAUGCUUCCGCUACACAUUAGCUAGGAUUUUAAAAUGCAAAGUUAAUUAUGCCAAUUUACGGUAGACUGUGUAUUUAGAUAUUAUAUGACGACAUACAUGUCCGCAAGUAAUAACAAAAGUCAUCCCUCUGAGCACACCUUUCAAUAGACAUUACUGCAAGCUGAAUAUAUGAGGAUAUCUUACAGGUGAAGUGCAGUGAAAACAAGUUAAAAACAAACAAGCAGACAAAUAAAACUAUGCCUUAACACCUUCUACUUAAAUUGAACAAACAAGAGCUACGUACGAUAAGAAGAGUUUGCAACGAAAUAGAAAAAUUACUCGAUAAGGGAGUUGAUGUACUAGAUAUAGUCGGCGGUAUACAAUAUCAUCCCAUUGUAGAAUCUGAUAAGAAGUCUCAAAUUCUAUGAAUCCUGAGGAUGUACUUCACCACAGAAUUAAUAUCUUUAUUUUGGAAUGCGAAUUGGAGUAUCUGAACAACAUCUAAGAAGGUCAUCAUGGAUAAUUUAACAACUAUGGGUAUGUUCAUUUCAGAUUCGAUGGAUAAAGCUACAGCUGAAACAAUGAAACUUGCCAAUGAUUGCAUCGCUGUGCCAUACCAUCAAAGGAUCAACUAUGUAGAUUGUGGUGUAGACGCUGACGAUAUUACGUUCUGUGCAAUUUUAGAUACGUUCGAGCUGGUGAAAUCAGCAUUGCUGACUUUGUUAUGUGUUAUAGCUAUUAUUGCGAAUGUCACUACUCUAAUUGCAACGUUUCAUGUUAAACCACCACGCAAGGCACACCACUAUCUGUUCAGAAACCUGUUCAUCGUCGACAUCCUAGCGUCCGUAGCGCAGUUGGUGAACGCUUCGAGGAGCCUUGUCGGAUCCCUGGAAUUUGAAAUCCUUCCAGUGCAAAACACGAAACUAAACUACACCGUGACGUACGCCCCGUUAUGUGCUGCAUUCUCAUGUUCAGUGUUUGCGCUCCUUGGUUUGGCCAUACAGCGAUACAUCGCCGUUUGUUACCCGUUACAUCAUAGCUCCAUCUGUACGAAACGCAAUGCAUCAAUUUAUAUCACGUGUAGUUGGAUGGUGGCGAUAAUUCUGGGAGUUCUAGUCCUCAUGUGGUCUGCCUGUGUUCUGCCAGUGAAAGACUUUUUGCUACCCAUAAUUCCUGCUAUUGGACUUUUCCUGAUUCUCAUCAUCAUCGGCAUGUGCUUCUGGGU